CGUCCAUCGCGCAGUGUCCAAACACGAGGGAGAAAGGUGCGAUUAUAAAACAAACUGUUGAAUCCGCGCUGCCGUUUUUCUUCACAACUUCUGCUCCAACAGGUCUCCUUAACUGAGAGGGACACUCCUGCUGAUUGUUUAAUUAUGUAGUAUGUGGCCUUUUUUCAAGUACCUCAGUCUACUUUUUACUCCACAUUACCGGCGUACAACAUCCUGCAUCAGCCAUCGCCCAGGCAACCAGUCAUCCUCUCCAUCAUUUCCCAGCGCUUCCUCCUUCACCAGCAGCGACAACCUCAGCCCCAGCCCCCUUUUUUUUUCAAAAACCUUUUUAAUCUUGUCCUCCAAGUGGAAUCGGACUAUUUUCGUAUCUGCUGCCACUUCGGACAUGUUUGCUGUUUCGUCCACUGUGAGCGUGCGUUCGUGUUAAUUUAGAAAGGUUCAUGUGUCGGAGAACUGUUUCCUCUCACUUCCAAAAUGCCAGUGAGACGCGGUCACGUUGCGCUCCAGAACACCUACUUGGACACUAUCAUCAGAAAAUUCGACGAGCAAAAUCGCAAGUUUAUAAUCGCCAACGCCCAGAUGAAGACCUGUGGCAUCAUCUACUGCAACGAAGGCUUCUGUCAGAUGUUUGGUUUCACCAGGGCAGAGAUCAUGCAGCAGUCUUGUACCUGCCAGUUCCUGGUGGGGCCUGGCACCAUGAAGAGUGCCCUGGCCCAACUGGCACAAGCCCUGCUUGGGUCGGAGGAACGCAAGGUGGAGAUCCUGUAUUACUCUAAGGACGGUAUAUGCAGACCAUGCCUCGUGGAUAUUGUCCCUGUGAAAAAUGAGGAAGGCGUUGUGAUCAUGUUCAUCCUGGACUACCAGGAACUCAUCGAUCCCUCUCUGAAGAAGUCUGGCCUCAGGCAGAGAGUGGCCCAAGGGUGGAUUUACUGUCAGAAUCGCAGGCUGAAGAUGAGGCUGCCAGUACUGCGGUCCAUGCGACAAUCUUCACUCUCUAAAGAUCAGUUUGAAGGGGUGGUAGUGGAUUACCUGCAGCCAAACAACGAGGAGGUCCCUCUCAAAGAGUUUCGGAUCCCGUCCAAGGAAAGCUGCAUGCAGUCUGAGACGGAGGCUCUCAUAGAGCAGGAUCUGGAUCCUCCAUCACCUGCAGCCCAAUCCUCCACCAAACGGCGCUCUCUCCUGACAGACCGGUUGGACCCCAGCAUCGCCUUUACACGGGGGGCAUUACCUCGAAGCUGUUCCAGGGACAGUGUCCGCAGCCUCCGCCGUGCCUCAUCCUUAGAUGAUAUUGAUGGCAUGAGGGCAGAAUGGAACAGUCGACCUGGAGACGCCCGAACUAACAGCAAUCUGAAACCCUGCGCUGUGAACUCCACCUCAGACUCAGACCUUAUGAGACACAGAACCAUUGGCCGUAUCCCUCAGGUUACCCUCACAUUUGGUUCAGACCAGAUGAGACCUCCUUCACCCACUGAGAUAGAAAUUAUCGCACCCAGCAAGAUUAAAGACCGGACUCAGAAUGUCACAGAGAAGGUCACUCAGGUCACACAGUUUUUGCGUUCAAAAAUCCCAAAGGUGUGCAGUGUACCUUAUCUCGCAAAGGUGUUGUCCCUCGGUGCAGAUGUGCUGCCAGAGUACAAACUCCAAGCCCCACGCAUCCAUAAAUGGACCAUCCUUCACUACAGCCCCUUCAAAGCAGUAUGGGACUGGGUCAUCCUGCUGCUGGUCAUUUACACCGCCAUCUUCACACCGUACUCAGCUGCCUUCCUUCUUAACGAGGUGGAGGAAGAUCGGAGGAGGACCUGCGGCUACACCUGCAACCCACUCAAUGUGGUGGACCUCGUGGUGGACGUCAUGUUCAUCGUGGACAUCCUCAUCAACUUCCGGACCACUUACGUCAACCAAAACGAUGAGGUGGUCAGCCACCCAGGCCGCAUCGCGCAGCACUAUUUCAAGGGCUGGUUCCUCAUUGACAUCGUUGCUGCCAUCCCAUUUGAUCUGCUCAUAUUUCGCUCUGGCACUGAGGAGCCUCAAACAACUACUCUGAUUGGAUUACUGAAGACAGCCAGAUUACUGAGGUUGGUGCGAGUGGCCAGGAAGUUGGAUCGUUACUCAGAAUACGGGGCUGCUGUCCUUUUCCUCCUCAUGUGCACCUUUGCCCUCAUCGCACACUGGCUGGCCUGUAUCUGGUACGCUAUUGGCAACGUGGAGCGCACUAGCCCUGCCCGCAUUGGUGGCAUGAAGAUCGGUUGGCUGGACAACCUGGCUGACCAGAUUGGCAAACACUACAAUGACAGUGAUAUGACAUCGGGCCCCUCCAUCAAGGACAAGUAUGUUACAGCCCUGUACUUCACCUUCAGCAGUCUGACCAGUGUAGGCUUUGGCAACGUCUCGCCCAACACUAACCCAGAGAAGAUCUUCUCCAUCUGUGUCAUGCUCAUCGGCUCUCUGAUGUAUGCCAGUAUCUUCGGGAAUGUGUCGGCCAUCAUUCAGAGACUGUAUUCAGGCACAGCCCGUUACCACACUCAGAUGCUGCGGGUCAAAGAGUUCAUUCGUUUUCACCAGAUCCCAGGAGGUCUGAGGCAAAGACUGGAGGAGUACUUCCAGCACGCCUGGUCCUACACCAACGGCAUCGAUAUGAAUGCUGUUUUAAAGGGCUUCCCUGAGUGUCUGCAAGCUGACAUCUGCCUCCAUUUGAACCGCAGCUUGCUGCAAAACUGCAAAGCCUUUCGAGGUGCCAACAAAGGCUGCCUGCGGGCUCUUGCUAUGCGAUUCAAGACCACUCACGCUCCGCCCGGUGACACUCUGGUCCACAGUGGAGACAUUCUCACUGCCCUCUACUUCAUUUCCAGAGGAUCUAUAGAGAUCCUCAGGGACGACGUGGUGGUGGCUAUAUUGGGAAAGAAUGACAUCUUUGGUGAACCCAUCAGUCUGUACGGCAGGCCAGGGAAAUCCAGUGCUGACGUCAGGGCUUUGACCUACUGCGACCUGCACAAGAUCCUGAGGGACGACCUGCUGGAAGUGCUGGACAUGUAUCCUGACUUCUCCGAGCUGUUCUGGAACAAUUUGGAGAUCACUUUCAACUUGAGAGAUGCAGAUAGAAUAAACCAGACAACCCCGAGCAGGGACUCUGAGUGUGGGUACCGCCUGACGAGGCAUCGGAGAAGCUCUCUGCGCCGCCGCAACAGGCCAGACGGGAUGGAUCGUGAAGACUCUUAUCCCGAUCAGUCCUGUUCAAUGGCAAACCACCUCCGUGGCACAAUGGGAGCAUCUCACUGGGAUGACCUCUCCAGCAGCGCUAGUGUCUGUUCACAGUCUAGUGAUGAGGAAAUGAAGCCCAUGGGACAUAGCAAAGGGGAGCUGUACCCUCCCGUAGGUGAUGCCAGAGACUACCAAACAGCAGUGGUCAACCUUCUGCCUCACACUGGAACCUCUGCUGGAUUAGGACCCCAUGUAGACCUUGGAGGUCCGCCGUACUCAGCAGCAGCCCCCGUGAGCAUGUCAGGCAUGUAUGGCUACUGGCCAGACCGCAGAGCCAGCCAGUUCUCCGACAGCCAGAGACAAGCGUCCUCUGUGAGGGCCAGUUUCCCUCCACCACCUUGUGCUGAGGAUCGGCCCAGUGAGCUGGAGUCCCGACUGGAGCUCCUGCAGUCCCAGUUAAACAGGCUGGAGACCCGUAUGACAGCAGACAUCAAUGUGAUCCUACAGCUCCUCCAGAGACAGAUGGCCCCAGUGCCCCCCGCCUACAGCGCUGUGUCCCCCAGCCCCCUCUCGCCUCACGCUACAACUCUGUUCAGUACAGGAGUACCCACAAUCCACACUGUACCUCCAAUCCAGCCAGUACAGAUGGACAGCACUGCUUCAUUGCUACAGAGUCCAGAUUCUGAAAUCAAGCAUAAGUCAAAGGACUCCCUGUCCAGUGGCAUCCAUCUCACUGUGGCGUCAGAUGACACCAUGUCCAUGUCGCCAGAGGCAGAACCGCCACGCCUGCCCUCUGUGGCAGCUCUCAGCCCUCCUCAGCUGUUGUGCUCUGAGGCCCAAGAGCCUCCUGGACUUCUCUGCGGCAGCCAGCGCUUCCCCUCCCUCCCUGAGCACCUGGAAACAUCCACAGAAAUGCAGGAGAUCCAGAGGCAUCUCUCUGACCCUGUCCUGCCGGGCAGCUAGGACAGCUAUCAUCACCUAAAAGCCGGGUUCCUUUGAGCGGGACGACCAUAUGUUCCCCAGAUCCUUAUUUCGUCUCCCUAAUCUCCUCUCCCAUUCAGAUGUUGCAAUAGAGCGUGGGAUGCCUUGGCUUCCACGUGACAGAGGCUUCAGAGUGCCUCCUGAUUGUUACGCACAGAUUUGACAGCACCCUCAUAGGCUGUUGUGCUCCAGCAUCCUUCACUCCCAAGGGCCGGUGCAAUGACGAGAUUAUUCCAGCCCAGCAGGGUGGAAAGUUGACAGUAAGAACACUGACAUAGAAAGUACACGUGUCAACUGGAUCUGAAAGCUACACAAACUGCAUCCCAGGACUUGAAGAGAGGGGAAAUGUCAAGGAAAACUAAUCAUCUGCAUUCACUUUAUGUAAGAAUUGCACAUUUAGGCUUGACUAUAGAAAAAUAUAAUCAUGUAUCUGGAACUUAAAUUAUAUUUCACGACAAUAGAGAUGUUACAUGAAGGACCAUGCGUCCGGUAACUGUAACUGAGCGUUUUAGGUUCAGUGUUGUGGUGUGCGUUGAAAAAUAUCAAAAGGCUCACCAUGACUGUCUGACACAACCAUAUCCUGUGAGGGAUAAGGUUUAAAUAAGAGUUUUUUUUGUUGUUGUUGUUUUCAUCUUAUGUUUCCCCUUGAAUGAAUUUUCGAUCCUUGUUAAGCUUCUCAUUUGAUCAAGACAAGGUAUUAGUACACAGUCACGCGGUACAGAAAAACAUCAUAACUUCUUGUACACAUAGCUCUUGCUACUUUGUUUUGGUCAUGACGGCUUUGUUUCAUUUUCCCACUUUCUGUGUCUUUUUAUCCGUUGAAGUCAGACUUGCGUCAGUGACUUUUCCCCCCAUGGUUUCACAAUGUACCUGAUGUAUUUAUCUGAAAGUGCCAACAGUAAAGAGGACUUGUUCCUUCUGUUAGCUUCACGCACAGUGGACAGGCUGUGACGCUUAAACACACAAAGGGGAAAAACUGCAGAAAACUGUUGAACAUCAGCAGAGGGACAUGUGAAGUGGAUGGAGGCUGUCGAUCACAGGCAGGCAGAGAGAUUCGCUUUGUUUAUAUGAUUGCACAGCUCCAACCACGAGGUGAAUGUAAUGACUUUUUAAGCAUUUAUAUAAUGAUUGUUGAAGCACAAUUUCCUAUUAUUUAUGUCUUUUUUUUUAUUUUAGAUUAAAAUCACACUGGAGUUAC